CGAACACUGCCUCCAAACUGCCUGGGGGGUGAUGUGCUGAAGUGGCACAGGGGAGAGCAGCAUGAGGCUCCAGCUGGAGAAGCAGCUUCUCUUCCUCUCCCUCCUCUGCAUUCUCUCCAAGGUUUGUGCCCAGCUGUGCCGGAGACCAUGCUACUGCCCCUGGGUGCCACCGCGCUGCCCCCGCGGGUCCCCCCUGGUCCUGGAUGGGUGUGGCUGCUGCAAGAUCUGUGCUCGGCGCCUGGGAGAGCCCUGCGACUUCCUGCACGUGUGUGACCAGAGCCAGGGCCUCGUCUGUGACUACAGCUCAGCAUCUGCAGGGACAGGAGGCAUCUGCAACUUUGAAGAUGAUGAGGAAGGCUGCGAGGUGAACGGCCGUGUCUAUCGAGACGGGGAGGUUUUCCAGCCCAGCUGCAAAAUCCAGUGCCAUUGCUUGGACGGGGGCUUCAACUGCAUCCCGCUCUGCCAGGAGAAUGUGCGGCUGCCCACCCCGGACUGCCCCUACCCCCGCCGCGUGGAGAUCCCAGGGAAGUGCUGCCCGGAGUGGAUCUGUGAAGCCCAGGACCAGCACCUUCCCCGGGAUGCCAGGGCAGAGGGGAAGAGGAGGUCGUUUGUAGCUGUGCCCACCCCGGAUUCACCCUGGAGCCAACGCCUCAUCCCGGCAAAGAGUCUGGCACAAACCCAUGGCCCUGUGGUUACGGUGAAGAUGGAGGGUGUUUCCACUGGGAAAACAGAGAAGAAAUUAUGGACUUUGGCUGCAAAGGAGGCUGGAAACAGAGACCAAGAUCCCCGUGUCACCCAUCACCUGCCUCCUCUGUACACCCCGCUGCCCCAGACAGGGUUACUGGGCAGCAUUCCAAGUUCCUUAGGCUGAAUGAAAUGGGAAAUGGGGAAAUCCUGCUCCAAGCAUAAACCCACCCAAGAAACCAGGAAUUGGUCCUUUCCUGGACCAGUGGGCCUUCUGAAGAGGUGAUGCUGCUUCUCCACCACAUCACGCAGCUCUGCUUUGCAGGGACUUCAAGAGAGACCAUCUCCAGCACCUGGAAGCCAAAAUCCCCGGAGGGAACCCUCAUGCCCUGGUCCCCCAGGGAGGGAGCAGGUCAUCAA